ACUUUAUGUCUGUGACUCAAACAAUUUUUAUCUCAUUUUUUUUUUACAACACCCAAGCAAAACUUGUUUAAAAUCGAAAUUCCGACGCCUUUACUCAUCUAAUUUGUAACCAAGUAACCAGUCAACAAGAAAGAAAUCUUCAGUUGAAUAGUUAAAUGUUCAGUCAGUACUUGUAUCUAACGUUGAAAUGAUAUUCUGAUAUUUUUACUAAUACAAGAAAAGUCUACAUAAGUGACGUAAAAAAACAAUAAUGGGAAGAAACGCGAUUAUAGCGGUAUGUACGCUGAACCAGUGGGCACUAGAUUUCGAGGGUAACCUAAACAGAAUACGCCAAAGUAUUAUCGAAGCGAAAAAAUGCGGAGCUUCGUACAGAAGUGGACCAGAGCUCGAAAUAUGCGGUUACAGCUGCGAAGACCACUUCUUCGAGACAGAUACGUUACUACAUUCGUGGCAAGUGCUUCUAGAGCUGCUGCUUGAUACGGAAUGUGAGAACAUCAUGGUCGACGUUGGUAUGCCAAUCAUGCACAAAAAUCUAAUUUAUAAUUGCAGAGUUGUAUUCUUGAAUCGUAAAAUCCUUCUAAUCCGUCCCAAGUUGUUAAUGUGCGAUAGCGAUAAUUAUCGCGAAUCACGAUGGUUUUGUCCGUGGCGAAAACUGCAGGAAAUCGAAGACCAUUACUUGCCUCGCAUGAUUUACAAACACACUCGACAAUCAACGGUGCCAUUUGGCGAUGCAGUAAUUGCAACCAGGGAUACGUGUAUCGGGUAUGAAAUCUGCGAAGAGAUGUGGUCUCCGCAAGCUACCCACAGCGAGUUGGGUAUCGAUGGAGUUGAAAUCAUAGUCAAUAGUUCCGGAUCGUAUACAGAGCUACGCAAAGCAGACCGAGUAAUUAGACUGAUUCAAAACGCUACUUUAAAAGCAGGAGGAUGUUAUCUGUACAGUAAUUUACGAGGAGGCGACGGUGCUCGUGUAUGUUUCAAUGGAAACUCUUGUAUCUUCUUAAAUGGCGACCUCCUCAAUCGCAGCGAGCAGUUUUCUCUCAAAGAUGUUGAAGUUGUAUGCGCCACUGUGAAUUUGGAAAAAAUAGGAAGCUAUCGUAAUCGUAUCCGCAGCAGAUCGGCAUUAUCCAGUGAUCAUCGAAGUUACCCGAGGGUGUUUGUCGGUGAUUUUGUAUUAUCUUCAGAUGCUACGUCAGAGUUACCACAAACUGCAGUUAUGAAAUGGCAAGAUCUCAAACCUGAGGAAGAAAUAACCUUGGGUCCUGCGUGCUGGUUGUGGGACUAUGUGAGGAGAUCUGGCCAAGGUGGAUUCUUCCUGCCUCUCAGUGGUGGAGUUGAUUCUUCCAGUACUGCUUGUAUCGUUUACUCGAUGUGUAACCUUAUCGUUAAAUCUUGCCAAGAAAGCGACGAGAAUGUCAUAUCGACUAUACGAAGAAUGGUAUGCGAUCCUGAGUAUAUUCCUGAAAAUCCUCGAGAACUGUGCGGUCGUUUAUUCGUCACUUGCUACAUGGGUACGGAAAAUUCCUCCAAGGAGACGCGUAAGAGAGCCGAAAGAUUAGCCGGGCAGAUUGGUAGUUACCAUAUGGGUAUAACGAUAGAUACAGCUGUCACCGCUAUUAUGGCCAUUUUCACCACCAUCACAGGUAAAGUACCACGAUUCGCUGCCCACGGAGGAUCCGCCAGAGAAUCUUUAGCUUUGCAGAAUAUUCAAGCUAGACUUCGUAUGGUUCUGUCGUAUCUGUUCGCACAACUAAUGCUAUGGGUUCGGGGUAGACCCGGUGGACUGCUGGUUCUCGGCUCCGGGAACGUGGAUGAGGCGUUACGCGGUUAUUUCACCAAAUAUGACUGUUCCAGCGCUGAUAUAAACCCUAUUGGAAGUAUUUCCAAGACAGAUUUGAAACUAUUUUUGACCUAUGCGAAAGACCAUUUUGGAUUGGAUGCUUUGGGAGAUAUUUUGAACGCUGUACCGACCGCUGAACUGGAACCUCUGCAAGAAGGUCGUUUGGUGCAGACAGAUGAACAAGAUAUGGGCAUGACCUACGACGAACUAAAUGUAUUCGGACGUCUUCGAAAACAGCAGAAUUGCGGCCCUUACUCGAUGUUCACCGAAUUGGUACCAAUAUGGGCAGCUUCUCAUACCGCCGAAGAAGUAGCUGAAAAAGUGAAGCAUUUUUUCCGCUGUUACGCUAUUAAUCGUCACAAGAUGACCGUACUGACUCCGAGCUACCACGCCGAAUUCUAUAGUCCGGACGAUAAUCGUUUCGAUCAUCGUCCCUUCCUUUAUAACGUCUCGUGGAAAUGGCAAUUUCGAGUUAUCGACGAAAAACUCCAACAAAUGAACGCAGUAUCGCCCUCGUCGUCUUUGGAUUCGAAGCGUAGCGAAGGGUUCACUUUCGGUGAUCCGAAAUCCAGCGAUUUAUCUAAAAAAUCCAACUCUGCCAAGUUCAUAUUCAAGAAUGGAUCCAGAGGUGGAGGCGGCGUUGUUGUUUCCAACAAUCGUAAUUGCGCGAAAUCUAUCUGCGUUAAUGGCAGACCGAUUGAAGAUGAUUUAAAGCCGGUUGGAAUGCUUUAUGUGUGAUGGUUUACUUAAUUCGAGAUUGUAUACACUUUUGUGAUAGAGUAGACUGAAUUUUUUUUCGUAUUUAUAAUCUUCGAGCUUUUCUAAUCAAAGAAUCACUCGAAUUGGAACGUGUAGAUUUGCACUGCUGUGUUCAAGAGUUGAUAGCUUUGGAUUCUUAUUCACGUCAGUUGAAAUUGAACACAAUUGCUAGAGAAGACGGUUCAAUUGAAGUUUAACGAUGCUCAAAAAAACCCACAUUAUUGGCAAAUUUUGAGGUUUCAAAAAUUCACAGAAAACUUUAAAAUUGAUCUCGACAUUAAAAUCCAUCGUAUUUGUAAAAUUUUUGAUACCUUUUUCCAAUCCCAUGAACGAUAUUUCAUUCAAAUCACCAAGUUCCAAUUCGACCCCCCCCCCUCCUCCAUCCCAUUGUGACCAUUGUUACCUAUAUUAAGCCCUAUUUUGUAAGAAUUAAGUAGGUAUAAAUUUAAUCCACGAAUCAAAUUUAGACAUGUGAUAAGUUGAAGCGUAAUUUUACCAGUAAAGUGUUUUCACUUUGAAGCAUAUGAAUAUUUUAUGUUUACGUGUUGUGUUAAAAGUUAGAACACCUUAGUAGCAUAGUGAACUACAAAUAAAACUCCUUCCAACUUA